GUGCCCACAGAGAGGGCUCUGAGUGCCAUCUGUGGCACGCGUGCCAUAGGUUCGCCAUCACGGUUAUAUGCAAAUCCUGUGAAAUGUGCAAUGACCUUUAAUUUACUUGCAGGCAGCAACUUUUUACAGUAUGCCUUAUGGAUUUUACAGUUAUGGAGCAGAUUAUUAGCAGUGUGAGAAUGAGGUGCCCAACUGCCUAGGAUUUAUACAAUUAUCCACGGACAUUUCCUUGCUUUGACACUAUAGCCCAUAAUUCCGAUCUGCCAUCUGAACUACAAGGAAACAGGAAAGAAAUAAUGAAACACCUUAAGAAUACUAAUUCUGCAAGAACAUAAGUAAAAUCCUACAGUAGCCUAUUCCACUCUAAAUUGGGAUAGCUGAGGGAAUGGGGGAUAAGCUUGAAAGUGGGAACAGGAAUAGUGGAAGGAAAACCAUAUGCACCCAUUGCCUGGUAGGCUUUUCAGAAAAAAUAUAUAUAAAUCAAUAUCCUGGCUUAAUCUGAGUCAAAACUCAGCUUUCUGUCUUGUUUUUUCUAGUCUUCUGAGUUGUUUAAAGUUGCAUUUUCAUGAAAGCUUUACAAAAGUAAGUUUAAUCACGCUUAUCCCGUGUGAAGUUGUAUAGUUCCUUAUUCUUGGAGUACUGAUAGCCUCCAAUCUAUCAUUCUAAGCAUUUUAAUUUAUUGACUACGCGGAAGAUAUAUAAAGGAAGUUGGUAAUAGAUGUUCUGAUCUCUUCAAAUUAGAGGGAAAAUUACAGUCCAAGUCCUAUGGCUGUUUGUGUCUGCACGGGAGGUAGACAGAGCAGCCAUGACUGUCUCAUAUACCUUGAAAGUGGCCAAUGCUCGCUUUGGGGGCUUCUCUAAACUGCUCUUCCGCUGGAAAGGGAGCAUCUACAAGCUGCUGUACAAGGAGUUUCUGGGCUUCAUUGUUCUGUAUGCAGGACUGAGCGCCAUUUACCGAUACCUUCUCAAUGAAGAUCAAAAACGCCUCUUUGAAAAGGUGGCUAAAUAUUGCAAUCGCUCCACUGACCUCAUCCCUCUGUCUUUUGUCCUAGGUUUUUACGUCACACUGAUUGUGAACCGUUGGUGGGCCCAAUAUACCAGCAUUCCCCUGCCAGAUCAGCUGAUGUGUGUCAUUUCCAGCAACGUUCAUGGGAGAGAUGAGAAAGGUCGCAUUUUGCGGCGCACACUCAUUCGUUACGCCAACCUGUCUUCUGUCCUAAUCCUGCGUUCAGUCAGCACCAGAGUGCUUAAGAGAUUCCCUACAAUGGACCACAUCGUGGAAGCUGGUUUUAUGACACAGGAUGAACGCAAGAAAUAUGAGAGUCUCCAUUCAGACUUCAACAAGUAUUGGAUCCCCUGUGUAUGGUUCACCAAUCUAGCUGCUCAGGCACGACGAGAAGGGAGGAUCCGCGAUGAUGUGGCACUCAGAUUGCUCAUGGAUGAGCUGAAUCUCUACCGUGCCAAAUGCAGCAUGCUUUUUCACUUUGACUGGAUCAGUAUCCCCCUAGUGUACACACAGGUGGUCACUAUAGCUGUCUAUUCUUUCUUUGCAUUUUGUGUGGUUGGUCGUCAGUUUCUGGAUCCAGCUCAUGGUGAAGAACUAGACAUGUAUGUUCCCUUGCCCACACUCCUACAGUUUUUCUUUUAUGCUGGGUGGCUGAAGGUGGCUGAACAAAUAAUUAACCCUUUUGGAGAGGAUGAUGAUGAUUUUGAAACUAAUAAAUUGAUAGACAGAAACUUUCAGGUAUCAUUGCUUUCAGUGGAUGACAUGUACCAGAACUUGCCUCCAACCGGGAAGGACAAAUACUGGAAUGAAUCUACAGCUCAACUACCCUACACAAUGGCCACAAUGGCAGAGACCUUGAAACCUUCCUUCAUGGGCUCCACCUUUGAUAUGCGGAUGAGUGAUGACCCAGAGCAGAACCAGCAGGUCGAUGCAUCACCCAGUAUGAACCGCAUACAGACCCCCUUGCUCAGCCGCUUUUAUGCUGCUGCUGCCUCUCCAGCAAUUAGCCUCAAAAAUUUUGGGAAGGGCAACCGGAUUUCCCACCCUCAGUUACUGCGCUUGAGAUCCGAGGGUAUCUUUCCUUCUGCCAGUCCCAAUUUCAAUCGCAGAGAAGAUCCAGAUGCUGUUGGCCGUAUCGACGAGGAAGAAACAGAGGAUGAGGAAACCAGAAUUAACGAGACCUGUGCUCCUCUCAGUGCAGAAAUAGAGAGAAAAGAUAUACCCAUUGUUACUGUGAUAGGAUCCCUAGAUGACAGCAUCAGCAGUACUGAGCAGCCCUCUAGCUAAGGUCAACAGAUAACCAAGAUUUCUAGCUGCAAUUGUUUGUUGAUCAACUGUGGAGAGUGUUUCAAAAGUUGUAUUUUUACAAAUUACAGAUCCUUCCCAUUUUAACCAGCAUACGGACAAGUGAGAUAAAUUUCUGAACUCCUAGGAAAGUAAAAAAAAUAAAAUAAAAUUUACCAGGACAUAAAAGUGGGUUCCUAUGUUCGCCUUCCAAGAGUCACCUCCUUUAUGGUAAACACAUUGCCAUUUCUCUGGCCAUAGGCCCCUUUUCACUCAAAAUUAACCUAGCAUGUUGCUCAGAACCUAACCUUUGUGCCUUCUGUAUUUAGCCUUCUGAGUUCUUCGUGUCAGAUGUAUUUACAGAGAUACCAGUUAUGUAUUUUCUUUAAUACAUUUAAUGCCAUAACCAAAUUUUGUUUAUCUUAUGAUUAAUAAAAUAAUCUUUUAAAA